AUGGCUCCAAAAACAAUGGAGAGGCCUUAUGGCUGCCUCCUUCUCCUCUUCUUCUUUAUACUAUCUAUUCUUUUUUCUUUCGCAGCAGCUCUCACAGAUGAGGAAGCCUCGUUUCUCACGAGACGCCAGCUUUUGGCUUUGUCUGAAAACGGCGAUCUUCCCGACGACAUGGAGUACGAAGUUGAUUUAGACCUCAGUUUUGCUAAUAAUAGGCUUAAAAGGGCUUACAUUGCCCUCCAAGCUUGGAAAAAGGCAAUGUACUCUGAUCCAUUCAAGACUUCGGCUAAUUGGGUUGGUUCGAACGUAUGUUCUUACAAAGGCGUGUUCUGUGCGCCGGCACUUGAUGACCCGAGCAUUAUGGUUGUAGCGGGAAUCGAUUUGAACCAUGCGGAUAUAGCCGGUUAUUUGCCCCCCGAGCUAGGCCUAUUGACCGACGUCGCAUUGUUUCACGUAAAUACCAACAGAUUUUGCGGAGUUAUUCCUAAAAGCUUCUCGAAGCUCACGUUGAUGUACGAAUUCGACGUGAGCAACAACCGUUUCGUUGGUUCAUUUCCGAUGGUUGCUCUCUCUUGGCCAUCUUUGAAGUUCCUUGACAUAAGAUACAACGACUUUGAAGGGAAAUUGCCACCAGAGAUCUUCGAUAAGGAUCUCGACGCCAUUUUCUUGAACAACAAUAGAUUCGAGUCGCUGAUCCCGGAGACAAUCGGAAAAUCGACAGCUUCCGUUGUUACUUUUGCACACAAUAAAUUCAAUGGCUGUAUCCCAAAAACAAUCGGUCAGAUGAAGAACCUCAACGAGAUUGUGUUUAUUGGGAACAACCUAAGUGGUUGUUUCCCGAACGAGAUUGGUUCGUUGAAUAACGUGACUGUGUUUGAUGCGAGCAGCAACGGAUUCGUGGGAAGUUUACCGUCAAGCUUGUCAGGCUUAGCCAACGUGGAACAAAUGGAUUUCUCGUACAAUAAGCUCACUGGAUUUGUCACGGACAGUAUCUGCAAAUUGCCCAAAUUGUCGAACUUCACAUUUUCUCACAACUUCUUCAACGGAGAAGCUCAGAGUUGUGUUCCCGGGACAAGCCAAGAUAAACAGUUUGAUGACACAAGCAAUUGCUUAGAGAACAGACCAAAGCAAAAGUCAGCUAAAGAAUGUUUGCCGGUGGUUAGUCGUCCUAUGGAUUGCAGUAAAGAUAAGUGUGCCGGUGGUGGUGGCGGUGGCGGCUCAAACCCUUCACCUAAGCCAACACCUAAUUCACCAAAGACACCAGAGCCUAAACCAGAAAUUAACCCACCAAAGGAAGAGCCAUCUAAGCCAAAACCAGAGAAAUCUCCCAAACCAGAAACGCCUAGCCCAAAACCCGAGACACCAAAAUCGCCAGAGCCUUCUAAACCAAAGGAACCUAAGCCAGAGCCACCGAAACAAGAAUCUCCUAAACCGGAACAACCAAAACAAGAAUCACCAAAACAAGAGCAACCAAAACAAGAAUCACCAAAACAAGAGCAACCAAAACAAGAAUCUCCUAAACCGGAACAACCAAAGCCUGAAUCCCCAAAACAAGAGUCGCCUAAGCAACAAGCACCAAAACCAGAAGAAUCUCCAAAAUCUGAAUCUCCAAAAUCAGAGACGCCAAAACCAGAAGAAUCACCUAAGCCUGAACCACCGAAGACGGAGACACCAAAAAUGGGGUCGCCACCAAUGGAACCACCGGUAACAGACUAUCCUUAUGAAGCAUCUCCGAUCAAAAAACGUCGUCCUCAACCACCUUCGUCAGAAGAAACACCGUCUCCACAAUCUCCACCAGUACACUCUCCACCGCCUCCUGUAUUUUCACCUCCUCCUCCAGUACAUUCUCCUCCUCCUCCACCACCAGUUCACUCUCCACCACCACCAGUCCAUUCUCCUCCUCCUCCCGUCCAUUCACCACCACCACCAGUCCACUCUCCACCACCUCCAGUUCAUUCUCCACCGCCACCAGUCCACUCUCCUCCUCCCCCAGUCCAUUCUCCUCCACCACCCGUCCACUCUCCACCACCACCACCACCAGUUUUCUCUCCACCACCACCUGCACCAAUCUACUCUCCUCCACCACCACCACCAGUUCCCUCACCGCCUCCACCAGUCCACUCUCCACCACCACCUCCAGUUCACUCUCCGCCUCCUCCAGUUCACUCCCCACCACCUCCAGUUCAUUCUCCACCGCCUCCAGUUCAUUCUCCACCUCCUCCGGUCCACUCUCCACCUCCUCCAGUCCACUCUCCUCCACCACCAUCACCUAUCUACUCUCCUCCUCCUCCAGUUUUCUUACCCCCACCAAAACCUGUAACGUCUCAACCACCGGCAACAUCUCCAACGGUAAAUGCUCCAACACCUUCACCGGAUACAGAAGAAUUCUCAGCACCUGUUCAAGCUCCAACCCCAGAUUCUGAGUCCAUCGAAGCACCAUCAGAGUCGGAUCACUCCCCAGUGUUCCGUUCGAGUCCUAGUCCAGCACCAAUCUCCGAGCCGAAUCAUGCUCCGACUCCAAUUCCCCAGCCAGAUCUAUCCCCAACUCCAUCAAACGAACAAGUCGAAGCACCAUCACCAUCAACACAAGAAGUUGAAGCACCAUCACCAUCGACUGAAGAAGUUGAAGCACCAUCACCAUCAACAGAAGAAGUUGAAGCACCAGAACAAUCGGUCGCCACUCCUUCGCCAUCGCCAUCAUCUUCGACUCUACCACCCGUUGUAACUGCACCACCACCGGGAAACAACGACGGCGGCGAUGAUUUCAUCCUCCCACCAAAUAUUGGACACCAAUAUGCAUCACCACCACCGCCGAUGUUCGCAGGCUACUAA